AUGUCGCAAAACGCCCCCCAUCCGCUCGGCGACCAGUUGAUGAACCCCAGCAUGCACGAAAACGGCUCCAGCACCACUCUGCAAGACUCAAAGAGCGUCAAUACGUUGCUGUCACGAACUAGCCAGAAGAACGGCAGUCUGGUGGACCUGGAGCCCCGCGACACGCGAGAUUUCCAGCUAACUGGCGGAGAGUCGCCGGCGUUGCUGGCCACGUCCGUCGGGUUCGACUCCCAGGGCCAUCUGGUCACGUCGGCCUCCAACAUCUCGCUUUUGUCGCUCAACCAGCAGGUCGCCACGCUCUCGUCCACCCCGUCCAAUUUGCAGCGAACUUUCACGAACCCGCGUCUGCCGCUGCUCCAGCCGUCGUCAGCGAGUGCGGCCCCGCAGCAGCAGCAGUACUACCGCAGGUACUCGUUCACGUCGCCAAAGACGAGCGGCCGUGCGCAGCCGAUGGCGAUCCACGCGGCGCCAGACUCGCCGUCGCUGAUCCCCACGUCGCUCGCCGCGUCGCCGUCCAACUUCAACCUGAACCAGUCGUCGCCUCCAAACUCGCUCAAGUCGCGCAGCUCGUCCUACAUCAACGCCCCUAGCCUCCGACUCAACACGCGAUUCCCGACCCACCUCCCCUUGACACGAACAGAGUCGGUCCCGAACUCGAUCGGUGGCCGGUCGCCAGAAUUCCUGCCCUGCUCGCUCUCGAUGCCUCCCAUGACGCCGCUCAACCUGUCGAUGCCCGCCGUGGCGGACGAGAGCCCGUUCGACAACGAAAGCGACCCGAACAGCCAGGGCAGCUACAAAAGCGGGAAAAGUCCGAGUCUCGAACACUACGACGGCCCCGUUUUUGCAGAGCAAAUCCAGGACACAGAGCUAUAA